AUGAAUGACCUGGAAGAAUAUACAGAGCAGAAGAACUGGGAGAUGUCUAUCGUGAACCGGAGUUAUCAUUAUGAUACGGUACUUGAUAAUUCAUCAUCGUCAUUGUCCCCAAGUCUAAGGAUUAGCAAAAGUAGGGAUCAAUCGAGAUAUAAGGGUAUAACGAAACGUAAAUGGGGUAAAUGGGUAUCAGAAAUUCGACUACCAAAGAGUCGAGAACGAAUUUGGUUAGGUUCUCAUGAUACACCGAAGAAAGCAGCUAGAGCUUUUGAUGCUGCACUGCUUUCUCUACGCGGUCAAGGAGCUAAUUUCAAUUUCCCUGAUAAUCCUCCUAAUAUACAAGGUGUUAGCUCACAGAUGACUCGAGCUAAAAUUAAAGAAGUUGCUGUUAAGUACGCUAAUGAAGAAGAGGAAGAAAAUGAAGCUGAAGAUAUAAAUCGAUUAGAAAACGAAACUACUAAUGAUAAUAAUGGCAACAAUGGUAAUGUGGAUAGGGAACUCCUGGACUUGUUGUCGGCUUUGUGGGGGUACGGGUGA